AAGCUAGGAAUGACUGCUUGGGUUACAAAGGAACUGAGAGCCCGCACACAUCUGGCUUGAGCAAGACGUAAAGAGAAUCCACUAUAGCAGAUGGAUCCUCCGGGUUGGCACUGAACGGUUCUGGGUCUGUCCGUAUCUCAAGAAGCCACCUGAGGGGGACACUGCCCGGGCUCCAUGUUGGCGACAGUUUUCCUCGCACAGUUUUUCUCAGUGGGGAGGAGCCCAAGAGACCAUGAACUUCUCAGACACGUCACCAACUCCCAGCGGCAAACUGGAGUCUCCGACUUCUGUCCCCGAAAGCGGUCACCCUCUCUGGGAGGCGGUGCUGAUUGUCUUGCUAAGCGGGAGCCUGUCCCUGAUCACCGUGGUGGGGAACCUUCUGGUGAUGGUGGCUUUCAAGGUCAACCGCGAGCUGAGAACUGUCCACAAUUACUUCCUCCUCAGCUUAGCAGGGGCUGACCUGAUCAUUGGGUCCAUCUCCAUGAACUUAUACACCACCUACAUUGUCAUGGGGCGAUGGGCGAUGGGCAACCUGGCCUGUGACUUGUGGCUCUGCCUCGAUUACGUGGCCAGCAACGCUUCCGUCAUGAACCUCCUGAUCAUCAGCCUUGACCGUUACUUCUCCGUUACCCGUCCCCUCACUUACCGGGCCAAGCGGACCCCCAGGAAGGCAGCUAUCAUGAUAGGCCUGGCGUGGCUGAUUUCCUUUGUCCUGUGGGCUCCGGCCAUCUUGUUCUGGCAGAAUUUGGUUGGGGAGCGGAUGGUUCCUGAAGGGGUGUGCCAAAUCCAAUUCUUCUCCGAGCCCAUCAUCACAUUUGGAACCGCUAUUGCUGCUUUCUACCUCCCCGUUACCAUCAUGGCAAUUCUUUACUGGAAGAUCUACAAAGAGACACAGAAGAGAGCCAAGGACCUCCCCGGACUGCAGGGUUUGGGGUUUAGGACUAAUCAACCGUUGGGUCUCCCUCCAACUAGCAGCCGUGCAGAGGCAAGUGGCAAUUCGAACCCAUGCCCGCCUCUUGCCUUGCUUGCAGACGGAGUUGCGUUUCCCCAGCAAGCCUGCUGCUUCCUUGGACGGGGGGCAAAGGGGGCUCCCUUGGACCAGAGCAGCAACAGCAGCUGGAACACGACAGAGGAGGAAGAGGGGGGGAACGUCUCCACUGACUCCCUGACCUCCUCGGAGGGAGAGGAGCAAGCCUUUGAUGUUCACGCUAUUUGCCCGGCGGCCAUCGUCCACCUCCCCAUGAUCGAUGCCGUCAUGCAUCCGUUGCAGCGGGCGCAGUGUUGCGAUGCCCAAGUGAGGGUGGGAAGGGACUGGGUGGCAGGCAAGGUGAUGAUGGGGACUCCAAAGCAAGCGUUGGCCGGGGACAAGAGGCUCCAGGAGGCGGUGGGGUCACCGUGGACUGAGCAGACACAACUCAAAGCUACGAGACGCAUCUUGAGGAGGAAGAGAAGGCACUUGUUUCCCAAGAGGAAACCCUUCUUGGCAGCGAAGGAGAGGAAGGCCGCUCGGAUGCUCAGUGCCAUCCUCCUGGCAUUUAUCAUCACCUGGACGCCUUACAACAUCAUGGUGCUGGUGUCCACCUUCUGUGCUGGAUGCAUCCCGGAGAGUCUCUGGAGGCUCGGCUACUGGCUGUGUUACGUCAACAGCACCAUCAACCCGAUGUGCUACGCCUUGUGCAACCGGUCUUUCCGCACCACCUUCCGACAGCUGCUGCAGGGUCGCUGGUGGCACGGCGCCAGCGGAAGCCGAGGAGAACGGUAGAUCGUGUGGCAAGAUCGGGACGAUCCCAAAACACGGCUGGCAAGCAGAGAGCCACCGAGGGUGAUAGAGCUGGUAGAGCCGGAUUCCAGCAGAUGGACGGCCGAUCGGUUUAUUAUUUUUUUUAGCUUAUGAAAUAAAACCAGCUUUCGGAGCACCCUGCCAGCAUUCAUGGUCAAAACCCCUGGAGGUUUCGUUUCCAGGGGUUUUUUUUCCUUUGAGAAACAAAAUGAAGGUAAAACCCCAACUCCGGCUGGAGCAAAUCAAAGUCGGUGAAGGCGCCAGCCCUAAAUCCUGAGUCAAAUCAACUCCUCUGAAACGUGGAGGAAGACUAUUCCCGAACGUGGCAGUUUCCUGUAUUGUUUGUGGCGAACAGCCGUGUUGCAGGGCAGCUGGUGGAUUUUGCGUCUGCUUUGCUCCUGUUUCCUGUAUCACAGAACAGCCAUCUUGAUUGUUUAACCAUGGCACUGGUAAGCCAAAUUUCUGAAACGUUACAUUGGAGAUUUUAAAAAAUAUAUGUAUUUUAAGAAAUCUAAAAUAAUACUUCUUCCAAAAAAAAAACACCACCACCCAAAAAGAUCAUGGGCCGGGGGAACAAGUGUGAAUCUGCUGAACACAGCAGCCUGGCU